AUGGGCCCAGCAGCCUUACCUCGAGUCCUCGACUCCUGUGGUCGAUUCGCCAUUUGCAGUGCCCACGCCGCUUCCGCCAGCGACCCCACGAUCCGUCCCAUUGUUUGUGGGAAAUUGAACGGAACAGGUGCUCUGGAGAGUGGCUGUUUGACGAAUCAUGAAAAUCGAACCCUCUGCGCCCGGGAUUCUGACGCCAGGUAUGAAAUAGAGUACUUGGUGGCGCUAUCGGGGCCUGGCCGCCAGACCAUUCUCUUUACCCCCGGUAGUUUUGUCAGGGGUACUGCUUGCCGGACUGCUUUACCUCAGCAUCCCUACUAUGCAAAAACCCAAGGUCAAAUCUUCUCGAUGAACCAGGGCCAUCAGGGGGCGACCUGGAGCGGCGCUGGGUUCGUCCCGUCAGAUGACCCAGCCGCAUCUUCUGCCCAACAAGUUAAGAAACUGUCUCAACCAUCAUCCCGCAUUUUGGGCGCGGCAGAAAUUCUACCCAGCAUCAUGUCCCACGUCCCAACGAGAAAAUAUCGGCAUCCCACUGCCGGGGCCAACCUUCGUAUCAGAUACAGAACGUCCGGGUAUGCAGUUCCGUGUACCGUCCUCCGAACUGGCCCAAAAACCAAUGCUUCUGGAACUGCUCCCAUUCGGACUGCCAAGCGCCGUGCCAUAACGGCGAUGCUCCAUCGGGACUACUAUCGGGUUAUGCGUGCCGUUCGGAGAAUGUUCUCUCCAUCCUCCUUCUCUUUCGGGACUCGGCCCGCCACGAACCAUUUCCAGCUUCUUCAGAGCUCUCUCGAUGAACUCCCAUUUAUUGGCUACUGCCGGCACUUGACUCGCCCACGCAAAGAGCCACAAAAAUGGAGCGGAACCUCCUCCACUCGUGAGUUCGUCAAUGAUCACGGGACGGCAAACGCGGGUUAA